AGUAGUUGUCACGUGUCACAUGUGAACGACUGCGACCUUGUUGAUCUAGGCUUAAAUUUAUGAGAACACAGUAUUUCACUAGUGUUUUUUAAAAUGCUUGUGACUGAAUGUAUCGGGGUAACUUUCUGUUUUUUGUAGCAUCGCUCGGUACAACAUGAUGUCAUUUGUUAAGGCUGCAGCGCGCGGCCUGAAUGCAAUCUGCAGAGCUCACAGCCAACAAGCUCCUUUGCACAGCUGUUUGAGAAUCAGUGCUGCCGGCCUGAAGACAUAUCAGAUCACUCCAGACUACAGCAAUGUUGUGCUACCAGAGAAACCCAAACUGAAGUUUCUUAACAAGGUGCCGAACCUAAAGAAAGCCACAAAAGAGAGUAAGAAGCUGCGGGAUAUCCAAGGACCAGCCAAGGCAGCAAAUUGCUUCACUACAGGGCAGUAUGCCAUCAUUGCCAUGGGUGGAGGCUACCUGCACUGGGGUCAUUUAGAGAUGAUCCGUCUAACAAUUAACCGAAAAAUAGAUGCCCGCACAACGUUCGCCCGUUGGCGUAUCAAUGCCCCGUACAAGCCAAUCACACGUAAAGGCCUGGGCCAGCGCAUGGGCGGAGGGAAAGGAGCCAUCGACCAUUACGUGACACCGGUCCGGUACGGACGUUUGAUUGUGGAGGUGGGAGGAAAGAUAGAGCUGGGAGAGGUUGAGCAUAUCUUGACUGAAGUGGCCAAGAAGCUGCCUUUUCCUGCUAAGGUAAUGAGCAGAGAGAGUCUGGAAGAAAUGCAAAGAAAACAGGAAGAGAUGGAGAAGAACAACCAGAAUCCCUGGACCUUUCAGCAGAUAGCCCGGGGCAACAUGUUGGGCAUCAGGAAGGUGCUUAGUCCAUUUGACCUGAACAACCAUGGACGCUUUACUGGCAAAUUUCACCUUCCUGGGAGGGUGUGAGGGACCUGUGGAGCAGCUCACAUCACCCAGACCAUGAAUGAAGGCGUGAUGAUUAUUUCCCUGCUUCCAUGAUGAUCUUGUUUUUUCAUUCUAACAUUUUGUCAAGUCAUUUUCUCAUAUCAUGUUGGUUCUGGCUCAUAGAAAAACUAAAUAAAGUAUGGAAACGAAAUGAUUA